AUGUUAUCUCGAGUUGUGAGUCGGCCUUGUGUGAGACUGUUCUCUUCAUCUCGUCUGCAAUCAUUCCUCUUCUUCGGGAAGAAAGAGAAAAAGACUCAGCAAGAAAUCGUCGAGAACCAGGACAAAUUUGAAAUCGACCCAGAUGCGGCCAUCACUUUCUUGAAUGAAGCAAACUCACCCAACACGAUCCAGUUUGACCCUGAAACUGACAUGCCCGACUUCAAAAUCUCCCAAUGGAUGCAGACAAAAGUGAAUGCUAGGGAUGUGGAGGCAACUUACAGCUCAGAAUCCUUAGUGCCUAUUAUCAAUUCAACUUACGAGGAAUUAACGACAAAACCGCUUACCCAAGAUCAAUAUGAUGGCGCAGACUUAAGAGAUUUACAGUUCCGUUUUUCCUUAGCCAAACUGUUGCAACAAAAAUUGGGAUUUGAGUUGAAUGACUAUCAAAUAUCUAAAGCGCAUUCUGUACGCGAUAUUUACAAUUCCAUCGCCGAAACUGUCUCAACUAGAUGGGUCAGUGAACGCGUGCCUCAAGCCAUCGUGUUGCGCCCAGAAGAUUUUGCAUCUGGGAACGUUUAUUUAAACCAAGAAGCGUCGCCUAAGGAGCAACAGAGAAAGUUAGAGGAGCUCAUUGAAAAAGCUCGUCUUACUGAAAAUUAA